AUGUAUCGGACCAAGCACUUUAGAUGGAAGCUGGCCCACACCUCGGGCAUCCUCGCCCACUUGGGUCUCGCCGUCGCCGCGUCUAUCAGCUAUACCUACCACAUCGGCCAAGCCACAGGCCCGAUCCAAUGGAGCUAUCCUGCACAUCAAAUAUGGACCAGCAUGAGCUUAAAUCCGUGCGGCUCGGUCUUGAUGGGCGAUCUCGAGGGUGGAUAUAUCCUUGACACGGCAGCUCGUCGUACGCUGCUGACUUGUAUUGCUGUGGGAUCUCUCGGAUUUGCCCUCAACACUGCUCUUUUCAUCUUGCUCUUGGCCGUAGAACCCAACAGAAUCACGUUGACCGAGGGCGAGCAACACUGGCGCAAACAAAUUGUUACAUUUUUCGGCUGCAUGCUCAAUCUGCUCUUAGCAGGUGCAGGGCUCAGCCUCGCCAGCUCGCUGGGCAUGAAGACGGCAGGCUCCAAGUCGUUGACUGCUCCGCUCAUCUGGGCAUCCAUCCAAACACCACUAGCGUUGUUCAUGGCUGUCUUGGAUGCAGUGAAGAACUAUCGGGAGGGCCUGGACCUCCUCGACUAA